AUGAGACCCAGUAGUUAAGUCUUUUUGUUCUGUAUCUAUGGAUGAGACCCAGUAGUUAAGUCUUUUUGUUCUGUAUCUAUGGAUGAGAGCCAGUCGUUCGUUCUAAAUGAUCCAUUGCCAAACUGGGUGGUAACGUUCUUAUCCCUCUCUAGCUAGACAACUACAGAUAACUUACAGUCACGUCAAAGAGUGCAGCCAGAAAAGCAGCAAAGUAGCUGCAUUUCCAUUUGUUUUAGCUGUUUUCUAGUGACAUUUAUUUGGAUAAAUCCAUGACAAUGAGCUAAUGAUGCACACUUUCACCUGGAAUAGAACAUGUCACAUCUCGUCAGGAUUUUUGUUUUAGAUUCCAUCUCUCACAGUUGAAGUGUACCUAUGAUAAAAAUGACAGACCUCUACAUGCUUUGGAAGUAGGAAGUAGGAAAACCUGCAAAAUCGGCAGUGUAUCAAAUACUUGUUCUCCCCACUGUAUGUUUUAUUAUUUAGAAAAGUAUCGUGUUUUGGAAUGAAACUCUUCUUAUGUUUCCCCAUCUGAGCUCAGAGUAGAUGAGAGACAUAAUAUUUGUCUCUGUUGUGUUGAAGCCCAAUCAAGCAGGAGAGACCAGCCUCCCCUGUGCCCAGCGGUCUGUCCAUGAAGAGUGACCGGUCUAUGGGUACACCUAUACGGUUUAGAGAGGGAGACUUUUCUACUGAACAAAGAAACCAACAGGAGAGAUCAGAGUCAGAGAUUCUCAGUGGUCAGUCUUCCCAGAGUCAGCAAACAGAACUGAAACAACACCGAGUGACCUCAUCAAGUACAGUACCAGCAGGGAUGUGUUGUGAUGAACUUGCUGUGAUUUGCCAACGUGAACUCAAAUCUAAUCUGAAGAAGAAGUUUCGAUGUGUAUUUGAGGGGAUCGCUAUACAAGGAAACCCAACACUUCUCAAUAAGAUCUACACAGAGCUCUACAUCACAGAGGGUGGAACAGGAGAGGUCAAUAAUGAACAUGAGCUGAGACAGAUUGAGACAACAACCAGGAAACAAGCAAGACCAGAGACUGCAAUCAAAUGUAAUGACAUCUUCAAGCCCUUAACUGGACAAGACAAACUUAUCAGAACUGUGCUGACAAAGGGAGUCGCUGGCAUUGGAAAAACAGUCUCUGUGCAGAAGUUCAUUCUGGACUGGGCUGAAGGAAAAGCAAAUCAGGAUGUCCAAUUUGUAUUUUCAUUCCCUUUUCGGGAGCUGAAUUUGAUGAAAGAGAAAAAACACACUUUGAUUGAACUUCUCAAUCACUUCUCAAUGGAAACCAAAGAAUCAAGAAUCUCCAACUACGACAAGUACAAAGUUCUGUUCAUCUUUGAUGGUCUGGAUGAGUGCCGACUGCCCCUAGACUUCCAGAACAACAAAAUCUGUUGUGACGUCACAGAGUCAACCUCAGUGGAUGUUCUGCUGACAAAUCUCAUCAAGGGAAAUCUGCUUCCCUCUGCUCUCCUCUGGAUAACUACCCGACCUGCAGCAGCCAAUCAGAUCCCUUCAGGUUGUGUUGACCAGGUGACAGAGGUACGAGGGUUCAAUGACCCACAGAAGGAGGAGUACUUCAGGAAGAGGUUCAGUGAUGAGGCCCUGGCCAGCAGAAUCAUCUCACACAUAAAGACAUCAAGGAGCCUCCACAUCAUGUGCCACAUUCCAGUCUUCUGUUGGAUUUCUGCAACAGUCCUUGAAGACAUGCUGAAACAUAAGAGAGAAGAGAUGCCCAAGACUCUGACUGAGAUGUACACACACCUUGUGGUGUUUCAUACCAAACAGAAGAAUGAAAAGUAUCGUGGGAAAGAAGAGACAGGUCCAGACUGGAAUAAAGAGAGCAUUCUGUCACUGGGAAAACUGGCUUUUCAACAGCUUGUGAAAGGCAAUCUGAUUUUCUAUGAAGAAGACCUGAAAGAGGCUGGCAUUGAUGUCAAUGAAGCCUCAGUGUACUCAGGAUUGUGCACACAGAUCUUUAAAGAGGAAUGUGGGCUGUACCAGGACAAGGUGUACUGCUUCGUGCAUCUGAGCAUUCAGGAGUUUCUGGCUGCUGUAUAUGUGUUCCUCUCACUCAUCAACAACAAUGAAAAUCUAAUGGCCGAACCUCAAACAACGUCCAGUAACGAUUUUCUACUGAAGACAGAAGUUACUGUCUACAAGAGUGCUGUGGAUGAAGCCUUACAAAGUGAGACAGGAAACCUGGACCUUUUCCUCCGCUUCCUUCUGGGCCUCUCACUGGAGUCCAAUCAGAAGUACUUACGAGGUCUACUGACAAAGACAAGAAGCAGCUCACGGAGCCAUGAAGAAACAGUCAAGUACAUCAAGGAGAAGAUCAGGGAGAAUCCCUCUCCAGAGAGGUGCAUCAAUCUGUUCCACUGUCUGAAUGAACUGAAUGACCAUUCUCUAGUGGAGGAGAUCCAAAGCUACCUGAGAUCAGGAAGUGUCUCCAGUGAUGAACUCUCACCUGCACAGUGGUCAGCUCUGGUCUUUGUGUUGCUGACUUCAGAAAAGGAGCUGGAUGUGUUUGACCUGAAGAAAUACUCCAGAUCAGAGGAAGGUCUUCUGAGGCUGCUGCCAGUGGUCAAAGCCUCCAGAGUUUCUCUGCUGUCAGGCUGUGGAGUCACAGAGGAAGGCUGUGCUUCUCUGGUCUCAGCUCUGGAGUCAAAUCCCUCACACCCAAGAGAGCUGGAUCUGAGUAACAAUGACCUGAAGGAUUCAGGAGUGAAGCUGCUCUCUGCUGGACUGGGGAAUCCCCACUGUAAACUGGAGACUCUGAGGCUGUCAGGCUGUCUAGUCACAGAGGAAGGCUGUGCUUCUCUGGUCUCAGCUCUGAAGUCAAACCCCUCACACCUGAGAGAGCUGGACCUGAGUAACAAUGACCUGAAGGAUUCAGGAGUGAAGCUGCUCUCUGCUGGACUGGGGAAUCCCCACUGUAAACUGGAGACUCUGAGGCUGUCAGGCUGUCUAGUCACAGAGGAAGGCUGUGCUUCUCUGGUCUCAGCUCUGAGGUCAAACCCCUCACACCUGAGAGAGCUGGAUCUGAGCUACAAUCACCCAGGAGACUCAGGAGUCAGACUGCUCUCUGCUGGACUGGAGGAUCCACACUGCAGACUGGAGAAACUCAAUGUGGAACAUGGUGGAGAGUACGCAAUGAAACCUGGCCUUAGAAAAUAUGCAUGUGAUCUCACACUGGACCCAAACACAGUAAACAGACUCCUCUCUCUGUCUGAGGAGAACAGAAAGGUGACACGUGGGAGAGAGGAGCAGCCAUAUCCUGAUCACCCAGAGAGGUUUGGCUACAGGAAGCAGGUGCUGUGUAGAGAGGGUCUGACUGGGCGCUGUUACUGGGAGGUAGAGUGGAGUGGGAGAAGGGCUGUUAUAGGAGUGACAUAUAAAGGAAUCAGCAGGAGAGGAGAGGGUGAGGACAGUCUGAUUGGAUGGAAUGACAAGUCCUGGAGUCUGGUCUGCUCUGACAACCUUUACACUGCCUGGCACAAUACUAAUUCCACUACCAUAGCCGUCCCCCUCCAGCUCCCACAGAGUAGGAGUGUAUCUGGACUGGCCAGCCGGCACUCUGUCCUUCUACAGAGUCUCUAUGACAUCAUGGUUCAGUAUGACAUCAUGGUUCAGUAUGACAUCAUGGUUCAGUAUGACAUCAUGGUUCAGUAUGACAUCAUGGUUCAGUAUGACAUCAUGGUUCAGUAUGACAUCAUGGUUCAGUAUGACAUCAUGGUUCAGUAUGACAUCAUGGUUCAGUAUGACAUCAUGGUUCAGUAUGACAUCAUGGUUCAGUAUGUCAUCAUGGUUCAGUACGACAUCAUGGUUCAGUAUGACAUCAUAGUUCAGUGUGACAGUAAGAGGUUCAACCCCUCUCAUUCCCCCAAUGUCAUACUUAUCUUUAACCACACUUUUUGGCUCAAGGGCCACAUCAGGAUUUUGAAAUUGCGGGGGCCUCCCGAGUGGUGCAGCCGUCUAAGGCACUGCAUCGUGGUGGUUGAGGCGUCACUACAGACCUGGUGGGCAGGAAGCAGUGUGGCUUGUGUCAAGAAGCAGUGUGGCUUGGCUGGGUUGUGUUUUGGAGGACGCAUGGCUCUCGACCUUCGCCUCUUCCAAGUCCGUACGGAAGUUGCAGCGAUGAGACAAGACUGUAACUACCAAUUGGAUACCAAGGAAUUGGGGAGAAAAAGGGGUCAGUGCUCUGAAAUGAGUCUCUCUGGGAAGAGAGAGGAGGGGGGCCCUGUCUCUAAAAUGAGUCUCUCUGGGGAGAAAGAGGAGGGGGUACCUGCCGCUAAAAUGAGUCUCUCUGGGGAGAAAGAGGAGGGGGGCCCUGCCGCUAAAAUGAGUCUCUCUGGAGAACAUGACACCAAAGCUAAGAGUCCAAUCAAGCAGGAGAGACCAGCCUCCCCUGUACCCAGCUGUGUGUCCAUGAAGAGUGACCGGUCAAUGUAUAAAUUGAUAGACUUCAGAGAGGGAGAUUAUUCUACUGAACAAAGAACCGAACAGGAGACAACAGAGUCAGAGAUUCUCAGUCAUCAAACAGACCUGGCCUCCAUAUUCAGUUUGCUUGAAGAGAAUAUUAUCACAUUUAUGAAGAACGAGCUGAAGAUGUUCAAGAGGAUUCUUAGUCCAGAACUCCCAGAAGGCUUUGAGAGUCAGAAGCAGGAUAAGGAAGUGAAUGCUGAAGAUGAGAAGCAUGAGAGCAGUGCCAGAGAGGGGGCUCUGAAGAUCACACUGCACGUCCUGAGGAAAAUGAACCAGAAGGAGCUUGCUGACACACUGGAGAAAAAUGAACUUGCUGUGAUUUGCCAACGUGAACUCAAAUCUAAUCUAAAGAAGAAGUUUCAAUGUGUAUUUGAGGGGAUCGCUAAACAAGGAAACCCAACACUUCUCAAUAAGGUCUACACAGAGCUCUACAUCACAGAGGGUGGAACAGGAGAGGUCAAUAAUGAACAUGAGCUGAGACAGAUUGAGACAACAACCAGGAAACAAGCAAGACCAGAGACUGCAAUCAAAUGUAACGACAUCUUCAAACCCUUAACUGGACAAGACAAACCUAUCAGAACUGUGCUGACAAAGGGAGUCGCUGGCAUUGGAAAAACAGUCUCUGUGCAGAAGUUCAUUCUGGACUGGGCUGAAGGAAAAGCAAAUCAGGAUGUCCAAUUUGUAUUUUCAUUCCCUUUUCGGGAGCUGAAUUUGAUGAAAGGGGAAAAACACACUUUGAUUGAACUUCUCAACCACUUCUCAAUGGAAACCAAAGAAUCAAGAAUCUCCAACUCCGACAAGAACAAAGUUCUGUUCAUCUUUGAUGGUCUGGAUGAGUGCCGACUGCCCCUAGACUUCCAGAACAACAAAAUCUGUUGUGACGUCACCAAGUCAACCUCAGUGGAUGUUCUGCUGACAAAUCUCAUCAAGGGAAAUCUGCUUCCCUCUGCUCUCCUCUGGAUAACUACCCGACCUGCAGCAGCCAAUCAGAUCCCCCCUGAAUGUGUUGACCAGGUGACAGAGGUACGAGGGUUCAAUGACCCACAGAAGGAGGAGUACUUCAGGAAGAGAUUCAGUGAUGAGGACCUGGCCAGCAGAAUCAUCUCACACAUAAACACAUCACGGAGCCUCCACAUCAUGUGCCACAUUCCAGUCUUUUGUUGGAUUUCUGCAAUAGUACUUGAACCAAUGCUGAAACAUAAGAGAGAAGAGAUGCCCAAGACUCUGACUGAGAUGUACACACACCUUGUGGUGUUUCAUACCAAACAGAAGAAUGAAAAGUAUCUUGGGAAAGAAGAGACAGAUCCACACUGGAAUAAAGAGAGCAUUCUGUCACUGGGAAAACUGGCUUUUCAACAGCUUGUGAAGGGCAAUCUGAUUUUCUAUGAAGAAGACCUGAAAGAGGCUGGCAUUGAUGUCAAUGAAGCCUUAGUGUACUCAGGAUUGUGCACACAGCUCUUUAAAGAGGAAUGUGGGCUGUACCAGGACAAGGUGUACUGCUUCGUGCAUCUGAGCAUUCAGGAGUUUCUGGCUGCUGUAUAUGUGUUCCUUUCAUUCAGCAACAACAAUGAGAAUCUAAUGGCCGAACCUCAAACAUCCAGCAACGAUUGUCUACUGAAUCCAGAAGUUACUGUCUACAAGAGCGCUGUGAAUAAAGCCUUACAAAGUGAGACGGGAAACCUGGACCUUUUCCUCCGCUUCCUUCUGGGCCUCUCAAUGGAGUCCAAUCAAAAGCACUUACGAGGUCUACUGACAACGAAAGGAAGCAGCUCACAGAGCCAUGAAGAAACAGUCAUUUACAUCAAGGAGAAGAUCAGUGAGAAUCCCUCUCCAGAGAGGUGCAUCAAUCUGUUCCACUGUCUGAAUGAACUGAAUGACCAUUCUCUAGUGGAGGAGAUCCAAAGCUACCUGAGAUCAGGAAGUGUCUCCAGUGAUGAACUCUCACCUGCACAGUGGUCAGCGCUGGUCUUUGUGUUGCUGACUUCAGAAAAGGAGCUGGAUGUGUUUGACCUGAAGAAAUACUCCAGAUCAGAGGAAGGUCUUCUGAGGCUGCUGCCAGUGGUCAAAGUCUCCAGAGCUGCUCUGCUGUCAGGCUGUGGAGUCACAGAGGAAGGCUGUGCUUCUCUGGUCUCAGCUCUGAAGUCAAACCCCUCAAACCUGAGAGAGCUGGAUCUGAGUAACAAUGACCUGAAGGAUUCAGGAGUGAAGCUGCUCUCUGCUGGACUGGGGAAUCCCCACUGUAAACUGGAGACUCUGAGGCUGUCAGGCUGUCUAGUCACAGAGGAAGGCUGUGCUUCUCUGGUCUCAGCUCUGAAGGCAAAUCCCUCACACCCAAGAGAGCUGGAUCUGAGUAACAAUGACCUGAAGGAUUCAGGAGUGAAGCUGCUCUGCUGGACUGGGAAUCCCCACUGUAAACUGGAGACUCUGAGGUCA